AUGAAUUCAACCUCCGUGACUCAAAAUCUAAGCGAUCCACUUCAACAGUGCUCUUCUUUUCAUGAAACAACGGAAGCCAAAAUUGCAAAAACACUGGCGUAUGCUGUCAUUAUCUUGAUUUCUUUAUUUGGAAACUCUGCCAUCGUGUUAGUGAUUUUCAAAACACAAAGUCUGCACAACACAACCAGUUACCUGAUAGCUAAUAUGGCCGUGUCUGAUUUGUUAUUGCCUAUUUUUGCUAUGCCUCGGAUGGUUAGUGGGGUUUAUUUACAGUCCAACCAAUGGCUCAUUGACGGGGAUUUCGGCCUGGCCUUGUGCAAGCUUAUACCAUUCUUCCAAGACAUCUCCACCGCGGUCUCUACGCAGAGUUUGGUUCUGAUCGCAAUCGAUAGGUUCUACAGCGUUUUCUACCCAGUUAAAGCAACAGUGAUGAGUUCAACGCCAGUUAAGAUUGCAAUACCGUUCACUUGGCUGAUCGCUAUUGGCAUUCAUUCACCGUACUUCUACAUUUAUAGAUUUUAUGUUUACAAUGGUGAAAUACACUGCUUACUAAAUUGGUCGCCACUUCUUGACAACAUGAAGGCGCAGAAGUUCUACUUCGUUGUACUUUCAAUCCUGCUUUUUAUUCUGCCUUUGUCAGUGAUCGCAUGUCUUUACACCGCUGUGGUUCUUCGCUUGAAACGGCAGCAAUUCCCGGGGCAUUACCAAAGCGAAAACGCGCGGAAACUCCGCGAAAAGCGAAACAAUGCCAUUUUGAAACUUUGUGUUGUCAUAGUUUUGGUUUUCAUCGUAUGUUGGACUCCAUUUGUAACGUUUGUAUUUCUGAAGUUUUUCAUCUGGGAAACACUGGAUUGCGGGCAUCCAAACCCAGCAUUUAUUGUUCACUUUAUCGCGCAUUCAAUCAGUGCGAUCAACCCGUGUAUUUAUUUUCUGUUCAGUUCUAGUUAUAGACAAGGAUUAAGAGAAAUCUUCCCAUAUGUUUCUCAUGUGCGUCGUUUUAGCCGCGUUCUUCCCGCACAGGAAAUAGAACAGUUGGAGAUGAGAGCCCGCGCUAGAACAUUAUCCAGUUACGUUAAAACAUUUUAACUAAUUAAUGUUACGUAUAUUCUGAUCUGGUAGCUUACUAAAAGGUGUUUAAAGUUUGAUUCCGUAUUUGCGCUACAUAGAAAGGUGAAGAAAACAUAGAAAGGUGUAGAAAAAAUAGAAGUGAAGUUGAAUUUUCAAGUUACUCGUAUAUCGAAUAGGUGGUAGUUACUUAGCGCCUGACAUUCUGAAAAAGAAAUUGUAAUCAGGAAAGCUCUUUGAAGUUUAACGACUUCUUGCGUUUUGAUGAGCCAAUAUAAACGGCUUGAAGGCAAUGAUCAAAAAACAGGUUUUUGAUUUCAAAUUCAAGUUUGCUACAGGGAAAAAUUCCAGACUUACGCUUAUACAUUGCACCAUCGCAAAGAACGAACAUUUUGGCGAAAUCCACUUCGGUAGAGUUUAAAAAUGUAGCCUUUGCCAAAAACUUGAAAAACAAGUCGAAGAUACGCAAAAGUUUACUGGC